AUUAAUUCUAACCAGUAAUGUAGUGUCACCCAUUUUGGAGGCACUGUAUAUGCCAUAUCUUACAUUCCAUAAAUGAUCUCCAAUUGGCACUAAAAUUUAGAAUACUAGACAUUUUUUAUUUUUUUUGAAAGGAUAUAGGAGUACUGACAAUUUUUAUCUCUGAAGAAAUGGAAUUCCGAAUGGCAAAAGGAGAAGUUUUGCUAAGAGUUUCAGCAAUAUUGUUCUUAGUAUCAACAGCUUGUAUAGUUGCUUUUGAUACUGAAACAAAGGUUGUAAUAUUAAUGAUUAAGAAGAAAGCUACUUACAAGGACUUGGAUGCUCUCAAGAUCUUGUUGUAUGUGACAUCUGCAGCUGCUGGGUAUAACAUGCUUCAAUUAUGCAAACACUCUUUCUCAGCUUGUUCUACAAUACGGAACUUCAAUGAUUCUUAUUAUAUGCACAUGGCUUGGAUUAGUUUCUUACUAGAUCAGAUUGUUGUGUACUUGACAUUCGCCACAAACACUUCAGCAUUUGAAGCCUGUCUUUUUGCACUAACUGGAUCAGAAGCAUUCCAGUGGAUGAAAGUAUGCAACAAAUUCACCAGAUUCUGCUACCAAAUUGGAGGGGCAAUAUUAUGCUGCUAUAUAGCAUCCAUUUUAAUGGCUAUGAUAUCAACUAUCUCAGCUUACAAAGUAUUAAGAAUGUACUCUCCAAAGAGGUUCCUGCGUUUGAAGGGAAAAUGAAGUAAAAAAUGAAAAAGAUGAAGAAAUGAACGUGUGCAAGCAAGAGGGAUAGGUACACAUAGCUAGUUGCAUUUAUUGUCGGUUCCUAAUAUUGUUUGAAUUUGUCUCUUCUCCUCCUUUUUUAUUUUUUUAAUUUGUACAAAAGUAUUAUUUGAAUAUUCAAUUUAAUUAAUGCAAGUUUUGUUUCCUCUGUUGAAUAAAAACAAGAGAACUGCUCCUCUCCUUAGAGUU